CACAAUGGAGACCGUCGGUCAUCACAAAGUAUCCGCUUGCGCUACAACAACAAUGAAUUGAUUAUUUGUGUCGCACGCAGAAAGAAAAGAUAAGAAGACUAUCAGCGACCUUUCAUUGUAAGAAAGCAACUUGAUCUGUGCUGCGCACGCGAUUUGGACGCUUUUUGCUGGACUUCCUUGGAUAUCCAUAUCUCAGCUUUCUUUUAAACUCACUGUUUUGAUCGCGUGGUCCAACAUGCCACAAACAACUCCAUAUUCAAGCAAAUUCAAUCCAAGUGCUUACAGCAGCAGCCACAGUCACCGGCAGCCUGUGGAGGAGAACUAUGGGGGUUUGCACUAUCGUGAUAAUAAGCUUGUUUCUGGCUCUCUGGAAGCCCUCAUACAGCUCUUGGUCCCUACAGUAGACUAUUACCCUGACAGAUCCUACAUUUUCACUUUCCUGCUAAGCUCUCGCCUCUUUCUGAACCCAUUUGAGCUCAUGUCUCGGGUUUGUUACCUCGGUGUGGACCAUCACAGGGUUGGAGACCCACAAAUGGAUAAGAAAAGAAUACGGGAUAUCGCACCGAAAAUCGUGCAGCUGCUAACAGAAUGGACAGAGACCUUUCCGUACGACUUCAGGGACGAGCGGAUGAUGCGCAGCCUCAAAGAAAUGACCCAUCGCCUUGCCUUCGGUGAUGAGCUUUCACGGAGGGCCAUGCAGCGACUCAUUCAGCGGCUCUUACGCAAGCUGACCACCCUCGGACAGUACGAAGAGUCUCUGGCCACAACCAGCGCCGCUGCCGCCAUUGACCGACCGGUCGCCCUGAAGUCAAAGCAGCAGUUAGUGCGCAGAGAUGACUGCGUUUUAAACCUUUGCGACGACCCUUUCAUUUUCGCCCAGCAGCUGACACACAUUGAGAUGGAGCGCCUCAGCUACAUUGGCCCUGAAGAAUUCGUUCGAGCGUUUGCCCAGAAAAGACCCUCAGAUAACCAUAAGAGUUUCUUCAGUAAAAGAAAAGCAAGCAACCUGGAGGCUUAUGUCGAAUGGUUCAACAGACUGAGCUACCUGACAGCCACAGAAAUUUGCAUGCCGGUGAAAAAGAAACACAGGGCAAGAGUGCUGGAGUUCUUCAUAGAUGUGGCACAGGAAUGCUUCAACAUCGGCAACUUCAACUCAUUAAUGGCUAUCAUUACUGGAAUGAACAUGAAUCCAGUAUCCAGACUGAAGAAAACCUGGGGCAAAGUCAACACAGACAAGUUUGACAUCCUGGUGCACCAAAUGGACCCAUCUAGCAACUUUUACAGCUACCGCACAGCCCUGCGUGGAGCAACUCAGAGGUCUAGUACAGCACACACAAGCCAAGAAAUGAUUGUUAUCCCAUUCUUCAGCUUGUUCAUUAAAGAUAUCUACUUCCUUAAUGAAGGUUGUGCUAAUAGAUUAUCUAACGGCCACAUCAAUUUUGAGAAAUUUUGGGAGCUGGCCAAGCAAGUGAGCGAGUUUCUGUCGUGGAGGCAGGUGAUCUGUCCUUUCGAGAGAGACAGAAAAACACUGCAGUAUCUCAUCAGCGCACCAGUGUUCAGUGAAGAUGAGCUUCAGCUAGCAUCAUAUGAGAGUGAAGGCCCUGAAAACAACUUGGAGAGAGACACUCGCCGUUCCCUCAGGUCAUCUCUCAGUCGAAUGUGAAAGGUGAACUUUGGGAUUGUGUCCUGAAACUAGGACUGAUGGCACUGAAGACUUUGAAGGACUUUUAUUAUCAUUACACUAGUUUUUUUUCCCUCUGUGCUGAAAUUGAGGCUGGAUUCUCAUCGUGACAGUAACAAUAUGCUAACAGAAUCAUAUUCAUCUCAUUUACCUCACGUACCUUCAUGAAAUGUGUUAUAAUCAUGCUAUAUAGAUCUUCUGGGUGAAUUGAGAGCAUGUCGCUGGCUGACCUGUUCUAUUAUUGCAUCAUGUUUCGUUUUUGCUUUUGGUAAGUGGUAAUAGUUUGUGUACUGAACAUAUUUGUUACAAUAUUAAGAGAUAUUUUUAUGUGUGUUAUAGUUUUUGUGUGACCUGUGUACAUGUUUCCCGGUAAAGUAUCUCUGAAAUAA